UGUGACGGAGCGGCGCGGAAUAAAGCGACUAAAAUGCCCGGACAGAAGAGAAGAUAUAACGUACGCUUCCCUCCAAGGCGCAUCAAAAAAAUCAUGCAGAAGAACACGGAGGUGGGACGGAUGGCGAUGGCGGUUCCUGUGAUCAUUUCUCGGGCGCUGGAGAUAUUCCUGAAGUCUCUGCUGACCAAAACCUGCGUGAUAACGGAGUCAAAGCUCAGCACUGUUGUGUCUGUGGCUCACAUGAAGCAAUGCAUAGAGUCUGAAAAGCUCUUCCACUUUCUCAAAGACUUGGUGGCACAACCCACACCUACAGCAGCCCAGAAGGACAACAGAGGCAUGAGUAUGUGGCCUUUAUACAGGCGCCAACAGCAUGAAGUUUCUGUUAAAAAAACAACUGAAGCAGGAGCAAUGGCGCCGCAAGCUAGCCUCGACUCAUUCGAUGACUCAAGCGCCAGCGAGUCGGAGCUCUACAUCUGCUUAUGACUGUGCCUGUACACCCAGCAGAAUCUGCUGUGAACACACAGCCGCGCCUCAUUUCAGUGUUACUUCUGGGGUUUUUUGUUUUGGGGGGGGGGGAGCUAGGUCAAGACCAGCUUUUGGAGAUAAUUUAUUUUCUUGAGAGGAAAGGAUCUUUGUUUGGAGCAGAUUCAUUUUAGGAUCACUUAAAUCCUUUGAAGUUUGUACUGUGUUUCUGUUGAUUAUGAAAUUGUGUUUGUAUAACACACUUAACAGCACAUGCUUGGAUAAUGAUGUUAUUUAAAUCACAAUAUUCAGUUUGAGAUCAUUCUGGAAGACGUUUAGUGUGCUACUUUUCUUUUUACCAUAUUUUGAAGAUGCAUAUUUGAUACAAAUUAGACGCUCUCACAGUGGAGUACUUUAUUCUUUGUAAGCUUUUUUCUGUUUUCCAGUAAGAGUCAUGGGAUGUGCAGCGAUCUUUAA